AUGGCUGAAUCCCAAUACUAUGAAGUUCUGAAACAAGACGAAAAAAGUUCUGAACAGCAGUAUUUCUCCAAUGUUGAGGAUCAAACAGUGCAGUAUGUGAUUACACCCAACAAGACUCAAACCCAGUUCCCAACACAACAGAUUGUAGUUGCUAGAGGAGAUCAGUUGAUGCUACUGAAUGGUCAGCCACAACAAAUUGUUAUUGAUCAGUCUGUGAUUCCUUAUCCUACCAACGAAAUACAACUACAGCCCAGACAGCAAAUCAAACAAGUGAUGCGCCUAACCAACCCCAUCCAACAGCUCCCCACCAACCAAAUCCAACUCCGCGCCACCGUGCCCCAAGCAAUCCCCUCCCAGCCUCCGAUGCGCUCCCCCAAUCCCAACCAAAUCCCCAGGCCGCCAGCUGCCGCCCAGCAGCUGCUCUUGCGCCAGCACUUGCCCGCCUCUAGGGCGGCCACCUUGGGCGGUCCUCGGACAGUAGGCGUGACCAGCGCUGCCCAGCAGAUCGCCUCGGGCGGUCCUAGGUCGGUAGGCGUGGCCAGCGCUGCGCAGCAGAUGAGACAGUUGAACGCCGGGGUGGUGAGGCAACCGGCGGCCGGGCAGCAGAUCAGACUGACCACGCUGAGCGGGCAGCUGAGGCAGCAAGCGCCGAGAGGACAGCCGAGGUUCCAGGGAAUGCAGCAGCUGCAGAAAGCCAAGAGCCAGGGGGACAUGGAUGAUAUGGAAACUAAAUCAGCAGUUGAACAAGAAACUGUUAGUUUGCCAGAUGGUUCAAUUGUUACAGUGGGGACAUAUAAAAAAAUGUUAGCUGAACAAAAAGCAAGAAAUAACAUUGCUCAAAGAAUGAACCCGCCCCAUCCGCCCACCUCGAGCCCCGCCCCCUUGACGAUGGCUCCGCCCACCCCGACCCCGAAGAGGCGUGCGCCGGCGAAUCGCAACCCGCGCCAAGCGCCGAGGGGCGGGAUGGCGAGAGGGCAGCCGAGACCGCCCGCCUCGCAGGCGGGGUCAUUUCAGACGCCGCCCCCCGGGGUUAAUAAGGACCCCUCGCAGUUCGCCAUGAUGAACCAGCACCAGGGGAUGGGCAAGCCGGCGGGGGUGUAUCCGCAGCAGCAGCAGCAGCAGAUGCAGCAGCAGGGUCAGAUGCUGCAGCAACAGCAGUUCCAACAGCAACAGCAGAUACAACAGCAACACCAGAUACAGCAACAGUUGCAACAACAGAUGGCACAAGAGCAACAAUUGAGACAGUCCCAAGCCAACUACGUCAUUCAACCUCCAAGGGCCAAUCAGAAGCCGCAGCAGCAGAGACCAUUGCCUGCUUAUAUCCCCUCUAGUCAAAUCCAGAAAAUAAUCGAAAGUACGCCGAUCAGUGAGGAGUUCUCCGACUCGAUAAGGAUGCUGGUUUUGCUGGAAAAUGGCGAACAGCGGUUGAUCACCUUCACGUUGCCGAAAGAAGCGUGUACCAUACAAGAAAUUCUGGAACAGGUGAACGUACCGUUCCAAAGUCACACCAACAUUCAAGUGACCGAGGCGAAUUCGAACGGGAUCAACUACAUUGUUACCGUUGGGAAUGUUCCACCCCUGGGAUACGAGGAGGACGACCCCCACCAACCGCCCCACCACCCUGACGCCAGCCCUCCUCCGACGCCGCCAGCACCCCCUAUGCCCGCCCUGCCGUCGUCCGAGCCGCCCCCGCUGGUCAUGCAGCCGCCUCCUCUGUCCGCCCAUCUGUCGGGUAGCGGCCCGCCUGCCCUGCUCGACUCGACCACGGCCGCCCCUUCGUCGCCCGAGCCGCCCAAAGAGGCGCCGCGGCUGGUGGCCGGCAUGCUGGCGCUGUGCGGUGCUUGCGGGUACUUGUCCGAGGAUUUCAAUAAGUGCAUCAGGUGCAACAGAAAAUUGCCAGACAAUGUGAAGUCAAUUUCUGCUACUAUCAAAGCAAACAACGGGCAGACCAAGGAGAUUAUGGCAAGGCAACAGGUUUUGCAGCAAAAGCCUCAGUUACCCAUAAAGAGCAGUCUUGUUCCAAAACCACCUAGUCCUGUCAAAAAGAAGCCGAUGAAAAAACAAUCUGAGCAAGAUAGCGUCCAUGUCAUUAGCUCUGAUGAAGAAGAAGAAGAAGAUUCUUCAAAAUUGACUGAAAAUAUCCUGCAAAAACUAGGCGCAUCUGUAACCAUAAGUCCGGUAACCAAAGAACCCUCUAUGAAUGACCUCCAACGACACUCUUCUCAAAAUUCUACAGCCUCUAUUUCGGACCAGCCGAAUGACAGUAUCAGGAUGAAAUUGAAAUGUCGCACAGUCAGAAUUGGAUCAUACAGAUGUAUUCCUAUAGAAGAGAUUCAAAUCGAUUCCGCGUACACCGUCAUCCAAGUGCCCCAUCCGACCAAGGACAAGGACAUCAGGACGAUCAGACUGGAGAAAGCGGGCGUGGUCAAGGUGCUGGCGAGCUUCAACAGCUCCCUGCCGGUGGUCUUCUUCUACCUCAGCCCCGGCGUGGCGGAGAGGAUACGCGCCGACCUCGACAUGACCGCCGGCGGACCGUACUACCUUGAUCCGUUGGCGCUCGACGAGGAGUCCCAGAGGCGCAUAACUCUGCUGCCCGACGACAUCGAUGACGCCGACAAGAACCUGAUGCAGCUGAUCUUCGGCAGCAGCCUCGAGGAGCUCAACGUCAAAGAGGCUAACGACAUCCUCAUCAAGACGUGCCCCAAGGACCUGGCAAAGGCAGCGCUGGGAUUCGGGACUUUCACCGAAAUAAAGCAGUUACUUACCUAUCCUCCAGAAGGCAAGGGAAGAAUUGCCAUCAACACUGAAGAUUACAUAUGCUUGGGACAAGAUCAGUUCUUGAAUGAUGUUAUUAUAGAUUUCUAUUUGAAAUAUCUGGUAGCCAAUCUGCCAGAUGAACAGAAACCAAAGGUUCAUGUAUUUUCAACGUUCUUCUAUAAAAGACUCACCACUAAACCAACCAAAGCAUCAAGAAAAUCUCAACCAGCUGAAUUGGACCCUACUCUUUCUGGUCCUGAGAAGAGACACGCGCGGGUGAAAAAUUGGACUAAAAACGUGAAUCUUUUUGAGAAAGAUUUUGUAGUAGUACCUAUCAAUGAGAAUGCUCAUUGGUUUCUUGCCAUCAUCUGUUUUCCUGGGAUGGAUGGUUGCCAAACUUGGGAUGGACAGCCCUAUAAACUUGAACCAGCCAGGUCAAGGGUCAAAAAAAAGCUACCGAUAGCGACGAUAGGCGCCGUCUCGGUCACGGCCGUGAAGCAGGAAAAGGCGAAGCCGAUCCUGUGCGACGAUCCGGAGACGAGCGACAAGGACGAGGCGGAGGGCGACGACAGCGAGCUGGAGUCGGACGAUUCGGAGGAGGCGCCGGCGGCCGUGCAGCCCGCGAAUCCCGCUGUGCUCGCGCUUGUCCCGCAGGCGGCCAAGGGGCACAAGGAGGUUCGGCCGGCGAUCAAACAACCCUGUAUACUGAUAUUCGACUCGCUGGCCGGCGCGAACAGGAGUCGCGUCGUCGCCACCCUCAGGGACUACCUGACUUGCGAGUACAAGCUGAAGAUGGGCAAGGAACGGGUGUACAGCAAGGACGUGAUCAAGGGCGCCAAUCCGAAGGUGCCCCAGCAGAACAACUUCACCGAUUGCGGGUUGUACGUGCUGCAGUAUGUGGAGCAGUUCUUCAAGGAUCCUAUAAAAGACUACAAUAUACCCAUUAAAGAGAUUCAAAAUUGGUUCGAGGAGGUAGUGGUUACCAGAAAGAGGGAAGAAAUAGCUGAUCUGUUGAGGAAUUUGAUGAGAGAGUAUGGAAAAGAUACGAGAUUGCUUCCCGACAUAAACUUUCCCACGGUGAACGGUAAAGUGGUCGAACACGAUGCCGCAGAAGAAGAGGAAGAAGAACAUGAAGCGAUGGAGGAGGAAGAAGGCCCUUCAACAGCCGAAGAAGACGCCGACAUGAAGGAAGGCUCCCUCCUUUCGAACAGCGGCUCCAAGUCGGACAUGUUCUCUGAAGGGGGCUCGAGCGCGGACGAAACGAGGACGGACGGCUCCUUGUCGCCGCUGAAGCCCUCGAACGACGGCGUUUCCGGUGAUUUUUUGUCGCAGACCGUGGUGAAUCCCAAGCCGGACCUAAGUGAAUUCCCCCGGCAUACUAGCAAAGACACCCUGUCGAUUUUGAAGGCGAAAAGGAUAAUCAGGCAUAAGACGUUGGAGGGGCCGCAGCUGAAGCGGUCGCGGAGUGAACAAAACUGA